CAGGAAGGAAGGAGUUGGCCGACUAACACAUUCCUUCUUUCUUUACGUACACAAUGGUUCAAUAUCAGCGCCACACGGUUAUAGUAAAGGCUUAAAUAGUAUGGUCCCCUUCAGUUCUACCCAACAAGCAUUCCCCGAGUCACCAUGCGAACCUCUAGACGUCAAUCCCCAGCUCCUGCAGACGUCAUCACCUAUCGUCUGAACAAACAAAUGAUGUACGUGCCCCCAGCGGAGAGCUUCGAUCAAGCGGUCACAUUUGCCAGAUCAGCAUUUGAGAGGGAUCUCACUGGGGUUGACAAGAACCGGAUAUCCUUCUCGUUAAAUGUGCUCGCGAAUGGAAAGCAGAGCUCUGUGGGCAUCAGCCGUGUAGCAUGGCAGUCAGUCAUGUCACAUAUGGCGCGCUAUGAGAUCAUAGAUGUGCACAUCCAGCCGGAGCUCACAGUGUCCCCACCCCCGCCGAGCUAUCGAUCUUGCAGUUCGGAAAAGGGUUCUGAGAAAGAGCACCACUCGUCAUCAAAGUCAUCAGCUUUCCAUAGUUUCGUUCCCAAAAAUCUGUUUCAGCGGCUGACUGCCUGACUGCAGCCUGAAACCGGGUACCUUGGGACUUCCUACUCCACUAGAGAUAUCAUCACCAUCACAUACGGAGUGUUAUGGAGCGUAAUGUUUCAGUUCACAUUAGAUACCCGAGUGUUGCAUUUUGCGCCACGCACACCCACUCUUUUGUAUUACGUUCCCUCACUUAGCGUUGAACACUCCGGUGCGAUGGUUAUUGUUAUUUCUAUGUUUCAUGUAUUACUGCCGUGUAGGUUCAGAACAGAAUAUGUCGAAUUAAAUACUUGUACACAUGUACUACUAUGCUCAUAUCAUACCACAUGCAGCACCCAAUAUGCGUGCUUCUCAAAUGAAUGGACCUUAUGUGCCUUCUGAAAUUAAAAAAAAUUGACGAGC